CAUGAAACUUGAGUUCCUUAAUAGUCUGAACAUUAUUUGGUAUCUUCUAUACAUCCCUAACCAUUGGUUCUGCAUCCCUUUUAAAAGAAGGCACAUUCUUCAUCGGUUGUGAAUAUUGUAUUAUCAGAACACAAUCUGGUUCUGCAAGGAGUAGUCUCUGUUGCAUUUGAAUCAUUCCAACACUUGUUUGCAUACAAUGAGCAUCUAAUUUAAGACCCCUUAAAGAGAGAGCAAUCACUUGAUUUGUCUAUGCAUCCAUAACCACUGUAGACACAAUUUUCCAUCACUUAUAAACAAGCAAAAUCAGAGUCAUAUUUAUCUGAAGUCAAAUCGGAAC